AUCUGAAGCUGGUCCUGGCGAGCGUGAGUGGUAAUUGGGGUUGAGCGCUGUGCAGCCAUGGCCUUCCCCAAGGCCCCCCUCAAGCGCUUUAAUGAGGCCACUGCUUAUGCCCCAUCACCGGGGUCCUAUGAAGUCAAAUCUUCAGAGGCAUUGAAGGGACCUGUGUCUUUUGACAAAUCCCAACGCUUUAGAAAGCAGAAAGGGGAAAUGGAAAAUCAACAGAAUUUGAACAGUGAAAUGAAUGACUGCUUGCCCAAAACUGCAAGAAGACUUAAAUCUCUGGGAUCAACAGAUACAACCAUCAUGAAAGAGCUGAAAAAACAAAAGAUGCUUGAGAAAGAGAUUCGUGCAUUAGUGAGAGAACGUGGAGAGCAGGAUAAAAGACUCCAGGCUCUAGAGGAGGAUUUCAUGAAGUCUGAAGCAAAACUAACUGCAGCAGUCAGGGAGAAAACAUCACUCUCAGCGAAUGUUGCUUCCCUGGAAAAACAGCUUCUUGAAUUAACAAGAACUAAUGAAUUUCUAAAAUCAAAGUUUUCUGAAGAUGGCACACAGAAAAAAAUGAGCAGUCUAUGCAUGGAGUUAAUGAAACUCAGGAACAAGAUGGAGACAAAGAGUAAGAAUGUCCUUGCUAAACAAGAAGACAUGGAAAUGAAGCUGCAGGCAGUCCAGAGGAAUCUAGUGCAUUCCAAAGGAAAAGUAGCACAGCUGGAAGAAAAACUAACUGCUACUGAGAGAGACAUGGUUGAAGAAAAGUCUGACACUGAGAAACUCUUGGAAUAUAUUACAGAACUCAGUGGAACUGCAGAACAGAUAGAGAAGUACAAACUAGAUCUUGUCCAUAUGGAGAAGAUACUGGCACAAAAGGACCAGGACAUCAUGGCCUUGAAAGAUUUUUUUACAGCAAAAGAGGAAGAACAAUCUAAACUAAUCAAAGAGCUUAAUGAAAGGUGUCAGUUGCUUGAACAAGAAAAAGAGAAACUCUUGACUGAGAACAGAGAAAAAAAGCAAAGUAUGAAUGCUGAAAUAGAAAGCUUGAAAAAGAGACUCCUCCUAGAGGAGCAAGAACACCAAAAACUUCAGCAGAAACAGGAGGAGAUCUAUUCUCAGCUGCAACAAGAGAAGGAACUUUCCACUUCCUUACAUCAAAAACUGUUAGAGUAUCAAGAAGAGAUGACAAAUGAGAGGCUCCUUUUGGAGGAAGAACUAGAAGAAGCAAUGGAUGAGUUAGAUAAACUGCAUAUUAAGGAAGAAAAGGCUGAUAAGUUGGUAAAGCACUUGGAACAAGAGAACAAGACCAGAGCUGAAGAGCUAGCACAGAUGGAAGCAAAGCUGAAAGGGAAGAAUGUUGAGUUAGAGAGAACGAAUGAAACACACAGUAAAGCCAUUGUUCAACUGCAAGAAGAGCACAGCAACACGCUGCGUAAACUUGGAGAAAGUGUUGCUGAAUUUGAAAGUUACAAGGGAUCUAUGACUGAAGAAAUGGCAUGUCUCCGACUAGACAAUUCUUCUCUACAGGAGAAAGUAGUUGAGCUGAGAAAAGUAGGCCAGGAUAUGCAACAGCAACUCCAGGAGCUGGAACAUGCCAAAGACAAGGCAAAAGAGGAAUAUGCAAGGAUGCUUCUAGAUGCCCAGACAAAGCUAGCGCUGAAAGAAGCAGAAAUAAGGAGAACCAAGGAAUCCUGCAUUGCACAGAUAACUAAACUUCAGACAAAACUGGAAGAGCAAACUGAAGACUUCAAGAAACAGCUUGAAGUUGAAAGAUCAAGGAAAACUAUAGAUGAAAAGGUGGCUGCUGGCUUUGAAGAAGAGAUACAAACCUGGCGUGCGCUCUAUGAAGACUUGCACAACAAAACUAAGCCUUUUCAGCAACAACUAGAUGCAUUUGAGGCAGAGAAGAAUGCUCUCCUGAAUGAACAUGGUGCAGCCCAGGAAGAGCUGAACAAAUUAAGUGAUGCAUAUGUUAAGUUACUGGGCCAUCAGAAUCAGAGGCAGAAAAUCAAACAUGUUAUGAAGCUGAAAGAUGAGAAUGCCCAGCUCAAACAGGAGGUUUCAAAACUGCGUGCUCAGGUGGCUAAGGAAAAACAAGCACAGAAAGAGCUUCAGGAGCAACUGAAUGAAAUUCAGGGCAUCAGGCGCUUUGAUUCUUCUAAAGCUUUUCAAUAUGAUAGCAAGGAAAAUGGUGCUCCCAAAACUCCUUUAAAAGAAGGCAACAGGAACAAGUGUUGAUCUGCUCUUGGUUUCAAGAUGAUCCUGUUAACUUGCUGGGAAAAGCUAAAUGCUGCAUUGAAGAUUCAAG